CACAUGCGCAGUGUCAGCUCCUUUCAUCCUGAGGCUAAUAUCCUUAGCACAUGCGUACUUCUAUUUCCUUUGUUCUAAAACUUCUAUAACCGACGCAUGCGUACAAUCAUUAUUUACAGCAUAGUACAAACAUGCUGUGACCCUGUACUUAUUUCCCACGGCCGUACCUCACCUGAAGGCCACUGACACAUCAUCCACUUCCCCCCGCCCAAGUCCCCUUCCCCUUCUCGCGCCGGUCCCCGUGCAAACCUGGCUGCGCUUUCGCCCCGCCCCUGCCAGUAGCGCUAACCGGCCCGACGCCGGAAGUCCCGCCUCUCGUUUGGCGGAUGUGAAGAUGUUUACGGACCCGGUGGUGGAAGGCGCUGAGGGAAGGUCGCAGCAGAGUGCCUCACCACGAGUGGAGUGAGAUACCAAGAAAUGUGAAGAACUCCCUGGUUGGUCUGUGUGUGUAGUUACCUGUCCUGAGUCCCUCCUGUGACAGUGGGCAGAAGAGGACUGUUUAGUCCACGUGGUGAGGUUCCCCCGAUGUAUGUGGUUGUGGCCCAGGAAGUGGGUAUGUUUCUUAGGAGCAUUAAACGAAUGUUUUCAGCUUGAAAGAUUGAUCUCUGAAGACUCCACUUGUCUGAGGAAGAAGUCGGGAAGAAGAGGAAGAGGAAAGAAGAGGAGUCAGGAAUGGCUCCUUCUCAGGAACAGCUGACCUUCGAGGAUGUGGCCAUCACAUUCUCGCAGGAGGAGUGGGAGUGCCUGGUCCCUGCUCAGAGGACCUUGUACAGGGACGUGAUGUUGGAGACCUGCAGGAACCUGCUGUCCGUGGAUAUGUCUCAUAUACUUGUGAUCAAGAAAUUACAAGUGAAGGCAAAUAUGGAUAAAAAAUUACUCCAAACAGCGAUGACAGAAAGACAUGAAAGGACUGAAAGAAAACAUUUUGACCCCAGGAGCAUCCAGGAAAAUUCAUAUGACAGUGACUCUCAGCAGAGAGAUGAGGAAAGAAAUUACAAAGGAACGUCUGUAAACGGUAGUGGAAAUCUCCGUGAAGAGAGAGACCAACGUGGCACAAGUGGUGCAGGAACCAAGCCCAUGGGAAACAGACUUGCAUUAAGCUUUCAGAAUGAACUGCAUAGUUUUAAAAGUGAAGAGAAAAUUGAUUUAUUUAAUGAAGCUGACAAGACAAGCAACAGUAGUGCCUCAUUUUCACAACUUCUAGGAAAUUCUGCUAGUUUCCAAACUAACAUUUCUGAAAUAGAUGGGAGUGAUUUUAUGCAUCUUCCAGUACUGACACGAGACCUGAAGACACACAGUGAAAGACUGUACAAAAGUACUCAGAGUGGCAAAGCUCUUCUCCAAGAGUCAUACCUCAGUACACACCAAAUCAUCCAUUCAGGACAGAAAUUAUAUAAAUGUGAUGUAUGUGGAAAAGUCUUCCCUUUUCAUUCAAAACUUGCAAGACAUCAGAGAAUUCAUACUCGUGAGAGACGUUACACAUGUAAUUUGUGUGGCAAGGUCUUUAAUCAUAAAGACACUCUUCACGGGCACGAGAGAAUUCAUACUGGAGAGAAACCUUACAAGUGUAAUGAGUGUGGCAAGGUAUUUAGUCUCAUUCAAAGUCUUGCAAAGCAUGAUAGGAUUCAUUCUGGAGAGAGACCUUAUAAAUGCAGUGAGUGUGGCAAGAGCUUUUGUGAGAGAUCACAUCUCAGGCAACAUCAAGUAGUCCAUUCAGGACAAAGAUCAUAUAAAUGUGAUGUCUGUGGAAAAAGCUGCCGUCGAAAUUCAUCCCUUGCAAUUCAUCAGAGGAUUCAUACUGGAGAGAAACAUUUUAAAUGUAAUGAGUGUGGCAAAGUGUUUCGAUAUAAAGGAAAUCUUGCAGUUCAUCAGAAAAUUCAUAAUGAAGGGGAACAUUUUAAAUGUAAUGAGUGUGGCAAAGUCUUUCGCUAUAAAGGAAAUCUUGCAAUUCAUCAGAAAAUUCAUACUGGAGAGAGACCUUUCAAGUGUAACGAGUGUGGCAAGGGCUUUUGUUACAAAAAAGCCCUUGGAAGUCAUCAGAGAAUUCAUACUGAAGAGAAACCUUAUCAAUGUAGUGAGUGUGGCAAGGUCUUCAGGUGUAAAUCAACCCUCAGAAGUCAUUACGGAAUUCAUACUGAAGAGAGACGUUACAAAUGUAAUGAAUGUGGCAGGGCCUUUCGUCGCAAAGGAGUCCUUGCAAACCAUCAGAGAAUUCAUACUGGAGAGAAACCUUACAAAUGUAAUGAGUGCAGCAAGGUCUUUAGCGUAAAAGCAAACCUUAGCAAUCAUCAGAGGAUUCAUUCUGGACAGAGACCUUAUAAAUGUAGUGAGUGUGGCAAGGCCUUUCGUCGCAAAGGAGUGCUUGCAAACCAUCAGCGAAUUCAUACUGGAGAGAAGCCUUAUCAAUGUUGUGAGUGUGGCAAGGUCUUCAGGUAUAAAUCAACCCUCAGAAUUCAUCACAGAAUUCAUACUGGAAAGAGACCUUAUAAAUGUAAUGAGUGUGGCAGUGCCUUUAAUCACAAAGCAGAGCUUGCAAAACAUCAGAGAAUUCAUACUGGAGAGAAACCUUACAAAUGUAAUGAGUGCAGCAAGGGUUUUAGCACAAAAACAAACCUUAACAAUCAUCAGAGAAUUCAUUGUGGUCAGAGACCUUAUAAACGUAAUAAGGGUUUCAAAACCUCACAUCAAGGCUCACAUCUCACAGAACAUCAACUAAUCCAGUCAGGAGAAAAACCCUAAAAAUGUGAUGUAUGUGGGAAAGGCUUUGGUCAAAAUUUACACCUUGCAAGGCAUCGGAGAACUCAUUGUGAGGAGAAACCUUUCAAAAGUAACGAGUGUUGAAAAGCCUUUCCUCACAUCUCAACCCUCACUACGCCUCAGGGAGUAGAUACACAGGAGAAACCACAUCAAUAUGAUUUACAUGGGAAGCCAUCAUUCAAAAUUGACACUUUAAAUUCACAGGAGAGUCAUUGUGCGGAGAAAUGAUGGACGUACUAUGAAUGUGAAAAAGACUCACUUACCGUCAGAUAAUCCAUAGUGGACAGAAAUCAUAGAAAUGGAAUGAAUGUCUCAAUGUCUUCAGUCAAAAUUCAUACAUCAGAGUUAACCAGCAAUAUUGUAAGUCAACUGCCUCAGGUAAAAAAGGUCCACCAUAAAUUCCUACUAGAGGAACGUUGCAAACAUAAUAUGUGUGGCAAAUCCUUCAUUGUUCUUUGAAGCCUAACUUAGAGCCAGAGAAUCCCUAUUGGUGAGGAACGUUAAGUAAGGGCUUUAGCAGGUGUGUACAUCUUAAGCUUCAGUGGAACAGCCGUCCUGGAGGGCAAUCAGAUACAUGGGUUUUGUGUGACCAGGCCUGUAGACAGGGGAUUCAUUCAGCAGAGAAGGCAUUCUGGGGAUCAGAGAGGCCCUGAAUGGGAAAAGUCCUAAUUUGAGGCUCACCUCUCAGCAGUCACCAGGUAGUCCAUACUGGACAGAACGUUAGAGAUGUUCUGAAUGUAGCAAAGCUUUUGGGUCAUGCCUUAAAGCAGGGGGUUCACCAUACACAUCUUACUUAAAAAUGCAAUGAAAAUAGCAGUUUCAUAAUACUCCUCACUCAUCACUAGAGAUUAGAAUAUUUAUCCUGGAGAGAAACCACACAAAUGUGUGUGGUGAGGAAUUUACCCAAAGAUCCACAAGUUGCGGGACAUACUGGCGUGAUACCUUACAAAUGUAAUGGUGUGGCUAAACCUUUAGCUUGAGUUCUGUUUCUUAGGCAACAGGAGAAAGUCCGUGUUGAACAGCUAUCGUAUCAUAUGGUAGAAAAUGUAUGCAGUCUCACAGUCCACUAGACUUAAGCAUAUACAGUUUGGGGAGAGACCUCACUAAACAGUAUGUGUGCUAAGGCUUGUACCUGAAGAUCAACUAUGUGAAACACAGAAUUUCUGUUGGAAAACAAGCUUUCAAACUGAAUGUUGUAACGUUUUUCAUUAUGUCACAACUGCUCUAGUAUAAUGAGAAAAUCCUUACAGGUCAGAAAGUGCACAGGUACACUGAACAUGGAAACAAUUUUAAGAAACUAUCCUUUGGUUUCCCUGAAGAACUCCUAUUCCAGGAAUCCUUACAAAUGUCAUGAAUUUUGUGAAUUUUUUGAGCAAUAAUUACAACAGACUACCUGUCAGAGAAUGCAUACUAGGAAGAAAUCAGUUUUUACUUCUCUGAAAUGCAGCCAACUGCAGAAUCAUUACAAGUCACAACAGGUUAAAACUGAUGACAUGAUGUUUGUAUAAGAGGCAGAAGGACAUGUGGAAAUGACCCAUUAUCUUCCAUGUCUAAACUGUAUUUCAGUUUCCUGGAGAUGAGUACAUUACUUUUCAUGCCUCUCAACCUGAAGUUUGAAGUCUGUUGAUUCCUACAUUAUAGGCCUUUGUUUUUUCUCCCUGGGAAGGAAUCAGUAAGAUGAAGGGGCAAACUUCAUCAGGCACGGCAACUCACGUCCAAGUUCCCAGGAAAAACAGCACUCUGAAUUAUCAGAUUCAAUAUUGUGUGGAUUAGCAUCAGGGAGGGUCGGAGACUAAUGUAAAACUGACUUGACUCAGCAGACGCGUGUUCAGGGUGCCCUUCUGUAGACAGACCACAGGGGGCUACAGCGCAGAAAGCUCCCCCCCACCCCCCGCCCAUGAGCAGAGCAGCAGGGCGUCCAGGGACUGGCUCUUUCACAGGAGGAGCGUGGCCGGUUAUGUGGUGGGAACAAGGCUCGGGGAAAGCUGGUCACGUUCUCCAUCGUUUGGGAGUAGGUGGUGUAGAUAUGUAUGUUUAGUGGAAAGUUCCUCUUACUUUUGGAAUUUGAGGGGAGAGCAAUUACCAUGAGAGGAAAAGUUAAUCAGAAGAGUCUGAGUGGCAGAGCAGUUUAUUUCAGACUCCGAAUAAUGUGCAAAAAUUGAAGAGAGUACAUUUAAAGAUCUAGUUGGUUUUAUUGCAUGAUUUGUGAAUUGGGCUGCACCCCACCUACAUAAAGAGAUGCUCCAAGGAGCUGUACACUAUGGAAAGCCUUUUCAGGCAUAAACUGGGUGGGAUAGAAAGUUAUUGGUAAAAGGAAAGGUUCUCUCAGGCAAGGCUACCUUGUUUAGGGGAAGGACAGAAGUCUUACCUUGUAGGUUACCUCUGGCGUUCAGGACAGUUGACAGUGAUUGGUUUACUGUCCUAUUUCUUUGAGGGCUGAAGCUACAUUUAAGUCUUGGUUUGCUAUCUUGUGGGUAAGUGACUCCACCUUGGGAAUAUUUUUUUUUUUUGAAACACUCCAUAAAAGCUGCUCCUUAGUCCUGAAUAUUCAGUAUGAAUAUAUUUCUUCCUGUGUUGUUUUCCCCAUCCAAAUCAGUCUCAUGACAUGCAUCUAAAUUUACAUGCAGGGAAAAUAGGAAUACAGUAAGCAUAUGAAAAAUAGUAGAAAUUUUAAAAGUUGUAGUUUCUCUUUUGUCCUUGACCAACUGAGUACAGAAAUUAGAGAAGAACAGUAUUCCUGAAUUUUCUUUUAAAAAUGAACCACGUACAGUAGGAACAUGUUUAUUUGAUAGAUAAACUAGGAAUUUCGUAUAUCUUGCAAAAGUAUUGUUGUUGCUGAUUUGCUUUUGUGGUCAUUGACUGGAUUAGGAUGGACCUCCAGCCAAAGGUUGGUUUGGUCAUUCAGAGUGAUAUUAACAUUCAAUUGUUAUGAGAAUGUUCUAUAAUUCAGAUUUCUCAGGCGAUGGGGGAGUUUCAAGUUGUUCCAAAAAUGAUAUGAAGAAACAAGUAAUGGUGACUGUCUUAGUUGGUAAUGUUAUUGCUAGGUGGGGGCUUAGGGGAGCAUGCCCACUUAGGGUUUGAAGUUCCCGUUGGUUAAAGUUGCUCAAAAGUGGAAGCUCUCAGGCUGUUUUGUCACCUUGAUCACACAGGCGAAGUAGGAAGAGGUUGUGAUGAGGUUUAAUACUUGUCAGUGGAGAAACAUCCCAUUGUUCAAUACAGUUGUUUCAAAUGUUUGAAAAAAAUCUUCCUUAGAUAUAUUGCCUAAGACUUUUACACUAGGUUGCUAAAAAUUAGUGUCUCGGAAUGUUUUCUAGAUAAUAUAACUUAGCAACAUACUAGAGAAACAAUUAUCAAAAGACUUAAAAUUUGAAUUUUAAAUUAUGGGAUCAGAUGAUAUGUUACGUGGUUAAUUUUCCAUUGCAAUAAAAUAUGUUUAUAAAA